AUGAAAACAAACAGUGGGGACUUUGUGGCAAUUUUAGUCUAUGCUGAUGAUAUUUUGAUAGGGAGUAACUCAGCUCAGAUAGCAUCUAAUGUCAAAGGAUUUUUUAGUUCACAAUUUAAACUCAAAGAUCUUGGUAAAGUUAAAUUUUUCUUGGGGCUUGAAAUUGCUCAAUCUCCAGAAGGCAUAUCCAUAUGCCAAAGAAAAUACAUCCUGGACCUUUUAGAAGAGCAUGGCCUGCUUGGAUCAAAACCUGUAAGUACUCCCAUUGACUAUAAUUAUAAAUUGAGCAAGACCAAAGAUGGGCAAGAAUUGCAUGAUGCUACCAAAUACAAGCAACUGGUUGGUAAAUUGUUGUAUUUAACCUUUACUAGACCGGACAUCUCCUAUGCAGUGCAAGUUUUGUCCCAGUUCAUGGACAAACCUAGCAAUGAACAUUUCAUGGCAGCUUACAGAGUCAUAAGAUAUCUUAAAAGGGCACUAAGCCAAGGCAUUCUAAUGAAGUCAAAGUCUAACAUGAAAAUUUCAGCCUACUCUGACAGUGAUUGGGCAGGAUGCCCUGACUUGCGAAAAUCAAUCACAGGCUUUAGUCUUUUCAUUGGUGAUUCUCUUGUAAGUUGGAAAUCAAAUAAGCAAACUGUAGUGGCUAGAAGUUCAGUAGAAGCAGAAUACAGGUCUAUGGCUUCUACCUGUUGUGAAAUUAUUUGGUUGCAAUACCUUUUGGCAAAUUUUAGAAUCUCUCACAAGGAAGCAAUAAGUCUCUUCUUUGACAGUCAAUCUGCAAUAUACAUUAGUAAGAAUCCAGUAUUUCACGAGAGGACAACGCACAUAGGAAUGGAUUGCCACUUCCUCCGUGAAAAGGUGUUGGCUGGGAUAAUAAAGCCCAUACAUAUUUCAACUCAAUCACAGAUAGCAAAUAUCUUCACCAAAGCCCUGUAG